CCUGGCGUACCUCCCCCAACAAACACAGUUUCCACCAUGGUGCAGGCUCCCAAGUUCCUGGCACCUUUGCCUCCGCUAGCACCACUCUCAGAGUCUGUAAUUCCCAGCGGACUCUCGCUCCAGGCGUACAAUUCCGUUGCAGACGACCUCAAAACAGGUCUUCCAGCCACCACCAACCUCCUCAGCAACACAGCAGCCGCGUCAGGAGCCAGUUCAGGUACCAAACGCAAGAAGGAGAGCACGGCACCCAAAACUAGGCCUGCUUUCGUGAUGAAAAUUUGGUCCAUGGUCAACGAUCCUGCGAACAACGAGUACAUUCGCUGGAACGACGAUGGAAAAACGUUCCAGGUGUUCCACCGCGAGGAAUUCAUGAAGAUGAUCCUCCCCAAAUACUUCAAACACAACAAUUUUGCCUCGUUUGUGCGGCAGUUGAACAUGUACGGCUGGCACAAGGUCCAGGACAUCAACUCAGGCACCAUGAACCAGGGCAAGGACGACAAGAGCCAGGACGAGAUCUGGCAGUUCGAGAACCCCAACUUCGUGCGGGAUCGCGAGGACCUUUUGGACAAAAUUGUCCGUAAUAAAAGUGUCAAUCAGACAGAACCAGAAGGCAGCGACUCUUCGCAAGUCAACUUCCAGAUGCUUCUCAACGAGCUCGAUCAGAUCAAGUUGCACCAGCUCGCCAUUACCGAGGACUUGCGCAGAGUACGCAAGGACAACAAGACGUUAUGGCAGGAAAACUACAAUACGCGAGAAAGGCACCAGAACCAGGCACGUACCUUGGAUAAGAUCCUCAAGUUUCUAGCAGCUGUCUACGGCAACAAUGCUGGCAAAAUCAUGGAGCUUGAAAAUAGCGGUUUCACCGAUAAUGGCCAUAUGACUGCCUACAACUACAAUAACCAGCCCAACGCGAGCGCAGGCCCUCCAUCGCCAAACCCAUAUGGCCAGCAAGCCAACGGCAGCAUGCCUACGCCGUUCCAGAAGCCACGGCUCAUGUUGACGAACCAGGCCCACAGAAGAAGCCCCCAGACCGACAACACAAGGUCACCUCGAGAUGAGCAGGGUGCCAGCAACUCGAACUCGGAUCCAGGCACCAUCGAGGAAAUCAUUCGUUCCUACGGUAACACUCCCAACGGAGGUCCUCAGGCGUCGGGAGAAGCUUCAGCCAAUAAUGCCAAUAAAAUAUACCAGCAGUUGAUCCACGACCCAGGAGCAAUUUCUUCGCCUCGCCAUUACUUUCCAGAGCUCAACACUCCCACUGCUGGUCCCUCCACACCAGGCCAGUACAUCCGCAUGGGCAAUCCGCCAGGAGCAGAAAACCCUGCUGAUGUCAUGAGCGGACUUGAGCAGAACAUAUACAAACAGGGCCAGUCGAUCCAGCAGGUCCAGGACUGGAUCCAGAAAUUGGCCAGCCAGCAGCAACAGCAGCAGGCCACCAUCAAUGAGAUCAACGAAGACUUGAAGCCGGAUUUGGACGAUUUCGAUGUCAACGAGUUUCUCAACAACAGCAAA